AUGAGUUUAAAGCAGCAAAUAAGGUUCAGAGCAUGUGAGUUUAUGGCAUCACUGACGAAGCUGAAAGCAGAGAUCAAGAACGAAGAGGCGUUUAGACAUGCGUUGGCAGAUUUGCAUAAAUCAUAUGUAAGAUUUAUGGUUCUUGCCACAAAGACAAAUGCAUUGGAAAAAGAGAAAAUGCAUGAACAACAAGUUGUGGACUGCAUCAAUGGAAUAACAAGAUAUUCAAUCGGAAGAUUUGAGUUUCUAUGUAGUGAGGUAUUUGGUGUUAUUUCUGUGUCGAUGGGAGAUUGUAGUGUUGACAGGCAUGUGCUAUGUAUGACAAGAAAAGUUCCAAUUGAACAGCAGGUACGGGUAGUGGCUGAUCUAAUGGCGAUGUACAUAGAUUAUGAAAGCUUACCAUGUGAUAUAUGUGCAGAAUAUGCAAUAAUGCCUGGCUUUGAUACACCGCUACAAAGGAUAGCGCAAGAAGAUUUUGUACUUUCAUGCCAUUCACAAUGCAUGAUGCCCUGCAUGAAUAAAACCAAAUGA